AUGCCUUCCUCAAAAAUCUGCAUCAUUGGUGCAGGAGCAGCAGGUCUUGUCACAGCGAAACACGCUAUUAAGGAUGGUCAUGAGGUCGACAUAUUCGAGCAAACAGAUAGUGUAGGCGGGACGUGGGUCUAUUCGGAGAAGACUGGUUGCCACUCGAGUAUGUACAAGAUUAUGAAAACCAACCUGCCUAAAGAAGCGAUGCUAUUUCGAGAUGAGCCGUUUCGAGAGGAUCUUCCAUCUUUUAUGAGUCAUGAGGAUGUUUUGGAGUACUUGGUAGACUAUUCGAAAAAUUUUCCGAUUCAGUUCAACACUACAGUAAACGACGUGAGAAGGGAUGGGGAGAAGUGGAAGGUCACUACCUCCACCAACUCCAACGAACCGGUUUCCCACUUCUACGAUGUCGUUUUUGUGUGCAAUGGACACUUUUUCGAGCCUCUGAAUCCUUAUGAGAAUUCAGAAUUCGAGGGAGAAAUGAUACAUAGUCAUGACUAUAGAAGAGCCGAACAUUUUGAGGGGAAGACGGUUGUGAUUGUUGGCGCAGGACCGUCAGGGAUAGAUAUCACGUUGCAGGUGGCGUUGACCGCUUUUGAGGUCACGCUCAUCAGCAAGAAAGCGGUCCAUCCAGUCCUUCCGAAAACCGUCAGACAAAUUGCGUCACAUGUCAAAAGUGUCUAUGAGAAUGGUGUCGUUACCGACGAGGGUGAACGUAUUUAUGCGGAUGUGAUUAUUGUGUGUACUGGAUAUGUGUUUAAGUUCCCAUUCCUGGACUCUUCCCUAAUCCAACUCAAGCACAACGAUCUAAUGGUAUCUCCUCUCUAUCAACAUUUGUGUCACGUGGAUUAUCCAGAUUCUUUAUUUUUUAUAGGAUUACCGCUCGGAACCAUCACAUUCCCCUUAUUCGAGGUCCAAGCUAAAUACGCGUUGUCCCUUAUCUCAGGAACCGGAAAAUUGCCAUCAGACAUCUCCGAAAUUCAGAAUUUCGAAGCGCGACGUCUUCAGGGUCUCCAGAAUCCUGGAGCCUUCCACAUCCUUAUCGAGGAACAAUGGGAUUAUAUGAAGGAGUUGGCUGAGAUGGGCGGUUUCGAGGAGUGGAGUUAUAUGGAGACGAUUCGCAAAUUGUAUUGUUAUAUCAUGUCGGAGAGGAAGAAAAAUGUGAUCGGCUAUAAGAUGGUGAAUUUCGAGAUGAAUGAUGAUGAGACUGAUUUUAGGGUGGUGGGAAUCUAA